ACUCAAGCCUUAUAUUGGGAUACAUUCACUCUUUUGCUCCUCUGCUCAGCCGCUGUCAUAGAAAUCAGUCACUCUUUUAUUCUAGAUUUCAAACGUCAAACUUAUCACUCCCUAUUCAUACUUUCAUGUACAUCUUCUACUUUUCUACUAUUUUCACAUCAUGAAGCUCGAUUCUUCUUUAAUCUAUGCGGCAAGCCUCUACGCUCUUGCUGGCCAUGGCGUGGAGGGUGCCAUCACACUUGAUAUCACAUCUCCAGAUUCGAUCAAAACCGCAGCAAGCAACAUAGCAUAUGAUCUCAUGUCAUAUUACACCGGAAACAAUACAGGAGAUGUGCCAGGAAAUUUACCAGCGCCAUAUUAUUGGUGGGAGGCGGGCGCUAUGUUCGGAACCAUGAUUAAUUAUUGGUACUACACGAACGAUACAACCUAUAACGAUAGUGUUCAACAAGCACUACUACAUCAAGCUGGAGAUGAUGAUGACUUCAUGCCUCAAAAUCAAACAAAAACAGAAGGAAACGACGAUCAAGGAUUCUGGGGAAUGGCAGCAAUGACAGCGGCAGAAACCAAAUUCCAAGAUCCUCCAGAUCCAAGUCCGGGAUGGCUAGCACUUGCACAAGGUGUCUUCAACACUCAAAUCGCACGAUGGGAUAAUUCGACAUGCAAUGGUGGAUUUCGAUGGCAAAUUUUCACUUUCAACAAUGGUUACAACUAUAAGAACAGUAUUUCAAACGGAUGCGUCUUUAAUUUGGCAGCGCGACUCGCUUUAUAUACCGGAGAUAGCCAUUAUGCGGAUUGGGCGGAGAAAAUCUUCGAUUGGGUGUACGGAGUAGGACUCAUUUCUGCAGAGUACGAUGUAUAUGAUGGAACUCAAAAUUCCGACAACUGCACAGAUAAAGAUCACAAUCGUUGGACCUACAAUACUGGCAUUUACCUGCUUGGAAGCGCUGCCAUGUACAACCAUACAAACGGCAGCGCUAUCUGGAAAGAGCGCGUCACCGGCCUUCUCAACUCAUCAACAGACUUUUUCCAAAAUGGAAUUAUGGUCGAAGCGUGCGAAAGUGGUACUUGCAAUAACGAUCAACAAUCAUUUAAAUGUUAUUUUGGACGGUGGUUAGCUGCAACCGCUAAGCUUGCGCCUUUUACUUAUGACACCAUCAUGCCUUUGCUAUCUACAACCGCAACAGCAGCAGUAAAAACCUGUACGGCUGGAAAACGAGGCAAUUCAUGUGGCUUGAAAUGGACCACGGGAGAACACGAUGGAAUUACUGGCGUCGGAGAACAAAUGUCAGCAUUGGAAGCCGUCCAAGGUCUAUUGUUACCCCAAACCAGAGAUUGGGUUAGUGAGGUAGCAGGAACCGGUACCAGUGAAGGUGAUGCAGAUGCAGGAUCAGAUUCGAGAGUGAGUACGGAUGGAAGCGAAAUUACACCCGUCACCACGGCCGACAAAGUUGGAGCUACGAUAUUUACCAUGUUGAUUGUUGCGGGUGUUAUUGGUGGAAGCGCAUUUUUGUGUGUCGAGUGGUUUUGAAAUCCGUUGGAGGAAAUCUAUUAUGUUUAUUCCUGCAUGUGAACAUUACAUUAUAAAAACCAUUACUCUAGUGGCACCGGCUGGGGUUGGGCAUAUAAUCGGCGUUAUGUAUCGGGAUAAUCGGACAAGAGGAAAGGGAUAGCGUUGGGAAGCAAGGCGUUUAACCCACAGGCUCGCAUAGACAGUUUUUGCUAUGAAACUGGCCGGUUUCUUUUGUUCUUCAUUCAAUUCGCCUUCAGGGCACCUUUUUUUUGUCUCUCGAAGCUAUCGACCUGUCUUACCGCGUCUUUCGGGCGUCAAUAUCAGUAAAGAAAACUUGUAGAUGAGUAGUUUUCAGAUAUGUAAAAUUAAAAUACUAUUACAGGCAGAGAAUAGAAUACCUAUCACUUGAAACAAUAUAUAUUCAUAAGUAUCAAGAACUAGAUUUAAUAUUAAAUAGCUUCUAGAAUACCUCUGGUUUUUU